AUGGAGACAAUCUUUCUAACUGCACUGGGCAAGCAUGCCCCUUGCAUUGCUCACCCAGCUUCCUCUCUUUCUCUUCUCAAUAAACAUGUUCUGUUUCUCCAAGCUCAUGUGAUUGAGCUCAGAGCAGCAAAGAGUUAUGCAAUAGGAGCAUGUGACUACAUAUGGUUUUGCAUUACUCAUGCACUGCCACUUGAACUGACACCACUUACUCUCAGCAGGUACAUCACCUAUAUAUCCCAGUUCAUCUCAUCUGGCCCAAAAUACUUGACUGGAGUCCAUCACUUUCUAAAAGACCUUUAUCCUGACUUUGAUAUCAGUCACAAACAUCCCAUGGUGCAAGCUACUAUUCAUGGCUCAAGAAAGACAAGAGGUGGUCCCACAUCCCAAAAACUACCCCUUCAAUUAUUCCAUUUGAUCACCUUUUGUCUUCUUGCUAACAUCUCAGAUUCUUAUGAUGACCUCCUAUUCACCACCAUCCUUGCUUGCUGCUUUUAUGGCUGCCACCAGUCAGGUGAGCUCAUUUGGCAAAAUGACAAACAACUUCAGGACUUUUGCAAAAUAAUCAAACAUUCUUCCUUCAUCCUCCAAAAGAAUGAUGUACAAUAUCAUCUUCCUUACAACAAGUCUGACCCCUUCUACUAUGACACUGACAUCCUACUCACAUGA